AGGGGCUGAGGGCGGGGCGAGGAGCCACUUCCGGCUGGGCGGUGCUUGAGCGCGUGAGCUGAGCCGGUGGGUGGACAGCGGCCACUGCAACCUGGGCGGCGGCGGUAGCACCUUGAGGGAGAGAUCUGAUUAUCAUGGACCUGCGACAGUUUCUUAUGUGCCUGUCCCUGUGCACAGCGUUUGCCUUGAGCAAGCCCACAGAAAAGAAGGACCGCGUACACCAUGAGCCUCAGCUUAGCGACAAGGUUCACAAUGAUGCUCAGAGUUUUGAUUAUGACCAUGAUGCCUUCCUGGGUGCUGAAGAAGCAAAGACCUUUGAUCAACUGACACCGGAAGAGAGCAAGGAAAGACUUGGAAUGAUUGUAGAUAAAAUAGACGCGGAUAAAGAUGGGUUUGUGACGGAGGGGGAGCUGAAAUCCUGGAUUAAGCAAGCCCAGAAGAAAUACGUAUAUGACAAUGUUGAAAACCAAUGGCAGGAGUUUGAUAUGAAUCAAGACGGCUUAAUCUCCUGGGAUGAGUACAGAAACGUGACUUAUGGCACUUUCCUGGAUGAUCCAGACCCUGAUGAUGGAUUUAACUAUAAACAGAUGAUGGUUAGAGAUGAGCGGAGGUUUAAAAUGGCAGACAAGGAUGGAGACCUCAUUGCCACAAAGGAGGAGUUCACAGCUUUCUUGCACCCUGAGGAAUACGACUACAUGAAAGAUAUAGUAGUACAGGAAACAAUGGAGGAUAUAGAUAAGAAUGCUGAUGGUUUCAUUGAUCUAGAAGAGUAUAUUGGUGACAUGUACAGCCAUGAUGGGAAUACUGAUGAGCCAGAAUGGGUGAAGACAGAGCGGGAGCAGUUUGUUGAGUUUCGAGAUAAGAACCGUGAUGGAAAGAUGGACAAGGAAGAGACCAAAGAUUGGAUCCUCCCCUCAGACUAUGAUCAUGCAGAGGCAGAGGCCAGGCACCUGGUCUAUGAAUCAGACCAAAACAAGGAUGGCAAGCUUACCAAGGAGGAGAUUGUUGACAAGUAUGAUUUAUUUGUGGGCAGCCAGGCCACAGAUUUUGGUGAAGCCUUAGUACGACAUGAUGAAUUCUGAGCUGCAGAUAGAAAAACCCAUGUUUCUUCAAAAGUAAUUUAUUUUCACAGCUUCUGGUUUCACAUGAAAUUGUUUUCGCUACUGAGACUGUUAUUACAAACUUUUUAAGACGUGAAAAGGCGUAAUGAACAGUAUCCCAUCCCCAUUCCUCCUCCUCUCAUAAGGACCGGAGGGAACCCAUGCUUCUGAUGAACAAGUCUAAUUAUUACACUUGUGUUUGUACACCUACACUUGGUAUUAUGUAUAACAUUUCGUGUUUAUUUUUGUAUUUGUUCUCUGGUUGGGAGUUUGAUAUUGAAGGAUCAAGAUCCUCACCUCACACUUGUAGGCAGACCUUAGUCCUUCACUCUUUCUCAGCCCCUUAUCAUAUAGUUUUUAUAAUUUUCAUGUAACUAAUUUUUUAAGCCUGAGAUCAAAAAAUGUUCAGGAGAAAGAAAAGGAAAAUUAUACCCCACAAUGUAUAUUUAGAGAGAUAAUAUUUAACCUUGCCAUUGAAAAGUAGAACAUUUCAGAGGUAGUAGGGGCCACAUAUUCCAUUCAGUUGCUACAAAUCCAGCAAUUGAUCCUGGUAUUAUCUGGGUGAGGAAUAUCCCUGUGCUGUAAGAAACCUUGGCUCAACUUUUAUUAGUUCCCUUUUUACUUUUUCCCCUGUAGGAGUAGGAGCUUGAUUUUUUUCAAGCACAGCUGUGAUGGGAAGAGUUAGGGUCAGUGUCUUGAAAAUCAAUCAAGAAGUGAGUGUGAUCUCUACAUAGCUAUAGUUGGAAACAGCUGGAACACUAAGGGAAAAAUACAGGUGUUUUCAAGGCAUACUUUUUUUUUUUUCUGGUGUGUAUCUAUUUGAAAUGCUCAAGGUUGUCUUGCCUAUUGAAAUCACUGCAAGUGCCCUGUCCUGGCUCCUCUUUCCCCAGGGGUUUGGUAUACUAAGGAAUUAAUCUUGCUUUCAUGGCAAUUAAGAUUUACUCCUUUCCAGUCAUGUCAUUGAAAGUGCCUUUAACCAACAAAAGAAAUGAUCACUGAAUUUGGAUUCUCUUAAGAAACUCUAAGAUUAAAAAAAAAAAAAAAAAGAAUAUUUGGAUCAUCUUAUUUGAAAGUUUAGAACCUCCCAAUAUAGUGGGGACUCAUUGCUUCCCUUUCUGUUUUGGACAGUGGUUAAAUUGCAGUAUUAGUUAGGAACUUGGUUGCAGUGUUCUAAUCUUAUGGGCUGGUUUCCAAAAACCAUAUGCUGCUGAAUUUACCAGGGAUCCUCAUACCUCAGAAUGCAAACCACUUACUACCAGGCCUCUUCCUGUGUCAUCUAGGGAGCUUGAGCUCACUCAGAGAUGAGAAGACUGACAGAGAGGGCUCUUUGGUUUGAGGACCAUUGUUCACCCUUCCUGCCCUUGACUAUCACUCCCCAUUCCCUCAUCUUCUUCUUUGCCCCACCCCUCCCCAAUAAAAAGUUCAUUGUGGAUCAGUAGUUUACCAGUCCUUAUAGAAGAGAGGGAUGUUGUAGAAAGAGCUGAAGAAACUGCCCUCUGUUCCCAACUCCACUUUAUCUGUAUUUUAUAUAACAAGAAGUCUAUUUUGAUUCCUUUCUUACAGAUGGACCUCUUUUGAAAAAAAAAACUAUUGUAUUCGAAGUUUUUAGCCCUCAGGUUACUAAGACUAAUAUCUGUAUAUAUAACCCUUUAUUAUUUCAUAUAUCUUUCUGGAUAAUCAGGUGCUGAGUGGUUAUUAUAAUCAGAACCUAGGUAUAUCCUUUGGUCUUCCAUGAUCAUGAUGAGGUGAGCUACUUGGUAUGGUUAAAAAAAAAAAGCCAGAUAUCAUGUAACUUCAUUGAAUUGAACUCUUGAUAGUGGGUACACUCUUUUUUAAAGUUUAACCCCAAUAUAGGGUAAUAGAAAUUCUCUGCCCUCCAGAUUCCUCAUGUUUGUCUUUAAGAAGACCAGAGAUAAUUAAUAAUGCCACCAACCCUGACUUAGUUCAAUAGAGCACAUCAUGAACUAUGUGGUAGGAGAGCCUCAAAGCUCACUAGGUGCAUAGAACCCAGGCCUUAUGGUAAAGUCACCCACUUAAGCAAAUCUUAAUCUGCCAAGAAAGCAACUUCUGGAUGCUAGGUGCUCAGCAGCACGCGUUUUACUCUAAUCUCUAAUGAUCCCCUGGAUUAUGUUUUUGGGUUAAAUCAAGCCCGAGGCUGGUGAACAGUAGCUACACACCUACAUUGUGUGAUCUGUGAAUGCUAGCUUUCUUGAAUUUGGAUACUGGUUAUUUUUUAUAGAGUGUAAACCAAGUUUUAUAUUCUGUAAUGCAAACAGGUACCUAUCUCUUUCUAAAUAAAACUGUUUACAUUCCUCGUG